AUGGACCACAUCGCCGAGGUGACGACCGGGCUCUCGUACGCGCCGGCUGGCAUCCUCUUCGGCUACCUGCUGCUACAGCCGGUCGCCGGGGACGCGCUCAUCGAAUGCCUGUACCUGGAGACGAUGUACUGGCCGUACAUCAUCGCGAUCGUUGCGAUGCUGGUGACGGUCGUGAUCACCAACGGCCUGAAGCUCAACUACCGCAAGACACAGUUUAUCCAUCUCUACAUUGAUCUGGUGGCGUGCCUGUUUUCGCUCGCGGCCGGCCUAGUCUUCCUGCUAGUGGACGAUGUCAUCCCAGCCGUGUACGUUGGUGCCGUAGCGAUCGGGCUGACGCUGGUUCCCGGCCUCAGCUACCUGCACAUCCGCUCCAAGGGUCGCCACCGGGCGAUGUACAUGUCGCUGUGCACCUUUUGGUUCCUGUCCGGUGUGGCCUCGACCGCGACUGUUAUAGCGCACGAGGACGAGCGUAUCGCGGCGGCGGACGGUGCCGUGGUGGAGGAGACGCUGCACCAGAAUGUGGCGAUCGCACUGCUCGCCAGCAGCUCGCUGGUGAUCGUGCUGAUCGGUCUGGUGGAGCUGCUGCAGCGGGAAGCGAUCGUCGACUACCGGAAGCCGCUGGACUACGACACGGCGAUGGCGCACGACAGUGGGCGGCUGCUGAGUGGCCGUCGGCGCUCCUUCGGUACGUUCGCUCACUUUGGCCGCUCGCUGCAGCCGGGCAAGUCGGCGGUGUCGUCGGCGGCGGCUGCUACCGCUUGGGGUGCUGGCUCGACCGAGCAGAUCGUGAGUCCGGCGGGCGGCUGGGGCGGGUGUCGGUACCGCUCACUCUGGACGGUGUACGCCAUCGUGACCAAGCUGGUGGGCUUCAUAGCCUUCUACUGGGUGCUGUUGGACCUUGGAAUGGGGGCUACCGUGGACCUGCUCGAGGAGGAGGCGGUGUGGUACUGCGUGUACUGGCUGAUGGCGGCCGGUGCCCUGCUGACCACGCUCCUCACGUUGCUGCUCUCCACCAAGCUACUCUUCCUGCUGGGCUCCGUCUUCUACCUGAUCGCGCUGGUGCUGGCCGUCGCGUUCUACUCCGCCGACCUACGCCCGACGGAGUACGGUGCCGUGUCGAUGGUGCUGUUCGCCUGCCUCGGCAUCGCCCUGCCACUGCCCGCCAUCAACAUUCUCGAGCUCGCCCCGCUCAACUACAACGAGGCGGCUCUAGCGCUGGGCACCGCACUCGAGCUGCUGGCCAUCGCCCUGCUGCAGUACUUCGGUACCAUCGAUGGGACGCUGUUCGGCGUCGAGGAGUCGGCGGACGACGUCGAGCAAGAGCCCGACAAGGACGUCAUAGCCGCGCACUACAUCACCGCCAUCGUGCUCGGCGUGGUGUGUGCCGUGCUGGUGCUCUGGCACAUGCCCAACACCAAGCACAAAUCGCUGCCGGAGAUCGAGAGCGACCUGGGCCGUAUGCGGUCCUACUUCGCCUUCAGCCGCCGAGCGCUCGCCUCAGCCGCUCCGGAGCCAGCCGCCGCGCCGCGCAGCGAACCGUUGCCGAACGGGGUCGGUGGUGACGGCGUCGCCUCGAUGGGGGAGCUGUCGGAGGACAAUCAGCUGAGUGCGAGGAAUGCGGCCCGCUUCGCCGGCCUCUACACCGAAUCGCCCGGACCGCGCGACGGCUCAUAUGACAGCCGCAGUCGCAGCCCCUUCAACGACUUUGGCCACGAGCUGCCGGCGAAUGGGCUCGCCAAUGGCCAUCACCAUCACCAGGACGACCACAGCUUCCAGCUGCACCAGGAGGCGCUCCAGCGGCAGCACGAGGCCAACUACCUGAACGCGCGGCUCCUGCACCACCAGCAGCUGCAGCAGCGUGGCCUCGACUCGCCGACCGGCUCCGACCAGUACCUGCGCGCCCGUGGCGUCUCCCCGCUACCCGCCGUCCCCUCGCACCCCGACGCCAUACGGCCGGUGCCGCUGCUCCCCGUCGCGCGGACCGGCAGCCGGGCGGCUCAACAUCGCGGCGAACCGAUGGCGCUCGGGUCGCUCACGGUCAAAUCCGAGCCCGGCACCGUCCUCCGGCCCAUCCUGCUCACGCAGAAGAGUGACGCGCCAGCGCCCCCACCCAUGCCGCCGGCCGACUACCUCACCAAGUCGCUGCCGCGCGUCAAAGCCGUCCGCCAGUCGCGCAUCCCCCCGAUCGUCCCCAAGCCGGAGCAGCCCGAGGAGGUGAUCGUGCCGGGCGUCGAGUACUCGCACAACCUGGUGCCGAGCCAGUUCCUGCGCCAGACGCUGCAGAACUCGCAGCUGUUCCGCUAACCAAACCUUCCCCCUCACAACAACAAAACUGAAAGAAAGUCCGAGCGUCCGAGUUGCACCCACCACCUCCCCGCCCUGUGUGCUACCGAAAUAAAAAAUCCCGGGAAACCUAUUUACCAACAACCUGGCCAACAAUGAAUGGGUCUUCGUUUCGAAUCGCUGAAAGAAGGUACCCCAA